UUUAUCCAAAAAUUAAACAUCUAAUAAACAUAUACCCCCCCCACAAAGAAUUUAAAAAUGAAAGAAUUUAUAGGGGAUGGGGCUAGGCCUUCCAAGAUGGGGGACUUCAUUGGGCAAAGGCUUAGCAGUGGGACCCACCCCAGAGCCCUCCCCUGAGGGUUGACUGUUGGACUUAAACCCCUUCCCUGUCCCUUACUGAGUAUUCAUGUCUCUGAGCCCCUUUGCCUCAAUUAAAACAGACAGGGAUAAUUUCUGCUUCCUAGGGAUGAUAAUAUAAGAUUCAGUCAUGAAGAUAAAGUAUGUACACAUCAGAGGCCUGCCCGAUAUGUUGUUCCUAACUUUGAACCCUGGGGCAAUUAAUGGGUGUGUUGAACAUAUGGUUGCUUAUUGGAAGACUCCCAGCUGGGACCUGGACUUCUCUGGACACCCCUUGAGGUGUAGGAUAUUUUGAUCUCCUUCCUAGUUCUUGAGUUCCAAUAAUAGGAUCAAAUAGCAGUUCCUGUAUUGUGUGAGUCACUUAAGAAAACCUCUGGUUUCCCUGGAGUGCAGGUAACAAACACCUUGGCAUGGGGUCAAGAUCCUCCCUACCCAGGAGAGGGCUGGGCUGGCUAGGGCAGCUGUGUUCAGGCCAAACAUCAGGGUCCUGCCCUCUGCAGGGAUCUCCCAGGGAUGGGAAAGGCCAGCAGCCUGUGAUGGACCCUGAGGACCCUCCAGACAUCUCCCAUGGAUUUGUGAUUGGGGUGGGAAGCUCUCCCAGCAGUCCUGGACAGAGGCCCCACUGCCGGCGGCAUGUGGCUGUCGCGCUUCUCCAGCAUGGUGGUGACCGCGCUCCUGCUGGCGCAGUCUGGCCUCCUGCUCUUCCUGGUCUCCAGGCCCAGGCCGCUGUCCCCAGUGGGUGGCGAGCAGCGGGUGCACGUACUGGUGCUGUCCUCGUGGCGUUCAGGCUCGUCCUUCGUUGGCCAGCUCUUCAGCCAGCACCCCGAUGUCUUCUACCUGAUGGAGCCCGGGUGGCAUGUGUGGACCGCCCUGUCGCAGGGCAGCGCACCCACGCUGCACAUGGCCGUGCGCGACCUGGUGCGCUCCGUCUUCCUGUGCGACAUGGACGUGUUCGAUGCCUACCUGCCGUGGCGUCGCAACCUGUCGGACCUCUUCCAGUCGGCGGUGAGCCGCGCGCUGUGCUCGCCGCCGGCCUGCAGCGCCUUCCCGCGCGGCGCCAUCAGCAGUGAGGCCGUGUGCAAACCGCUGUGCGCGCGCCGGCCCUUCAGCGUGGCCCAGGAGGCCUGCCGCUCCUACAGCCACGUGGUGCUCAAGGAGGUGCGCUUCUUCAACCUGCAGGUGCUCUACCCGCUGCUCAACGACCCGGCGCUCAACCUGCGCAUCGUGCAUCUGGUGCGCGACCCGCGGGCGGUGCUGCGCUCGCGCGAGCAGACGGCCAAGGCGCUGGCGCGCGACAACGGCAUAGUGCUGGGCACCAACGGCACGUGGGUGGAGGCCGACCCUGGCCUGCGCGUGGUGAGCGAGGUGUGCCGCAGCCACGUGCGCAUCGCCGAGGCCGCCACGCGCAAGCCGCCGCCCUUCCUGCGGGACCGCUACCGCCUGGUGCGCUUCGAGGACCUGGCGCGCGCGCCGCUGUCCGAGAUCCGCGCCCUCUACAACUUCGCGGGCCUGAGCCUCACGCCCCAGCUUGAGGCCUGGAUCCACAACAUCACUCACGGGUCCGGGCCCGGCGCGCGCCGCGAGGCCUUCAAGACCACGUCCAGGGACGCGCUCAACGUUUCCCAGGCCUGGCGCCACGCUCUGUCCUUCAGCAAGAUCCGCCGCGUACAGGAGCUGUGUGCCGGGGCGCUGCAGCUGCUGGGCUACCGGCCCGUGUUCUCCGAGAAAGAACAGCGCAACCUCGCCCUGGAUCUGGUGCUGCCGCUCGGCCGGAGCAGCUUCAGCUGGGCGUCGUCCACUGCCGCGCAUCCCGGGCCUUAGCGGAGGCCCCCAGUUGUGGCGGUCGCCAGGGCCGGGAAACUAGAGUACGGUAGGGAGGGAGCCGGGGCACAGGGGCCGCAGGCAGCUACUGGAGGGGCCGGGAGUUGGGGAAUCCUCCCCUGUAGUAGGAAAGGACUGAGUCCCCAAACUACAUGUUUCUUUUCCCCCUACUUCUUGACUUUCCUUUGGGUCCUCUUUAGGAGCGAGGUUCCCACCGGGCACACUUCAUAGAAAGCAAAACUCGUGCCCCCAUUUCCUCUUGGC